AUGGCCGAUUUGUCCCGCGUGUGGGUGGAAGCCCACAUCUUUGAAUAUGAGCUCCCCUGGGUCAGGGAAGGCCAGGCAGCGGAAAUGACGCUUCCCUACUGGCCUGGCGACGUGCGCUCCGGCAGGGUGACCUACGUGUAUCCCUAUCUGCGGGCCCAGACGCGGGACGUGAGGCUGCGGCUGGAAUUCGACAACGCCGACCUGCGCCUCAAGCCGGACAUGUACGCCGACAUCCACAUUGAGACGCACGCCGACGAGCAGGGCCUGUUGCUCCCCUCCGAGGCCGUGCUGCGCUCCGGCGAGCGCAACUUGGUGUUCGUGGUCAAGGGCGGCGGCAAGUUCACGCCGCGCGAGGUGACCCUCGGCCUGUCCACGGACGGCGGCAAGGUUCAGGCCCUGGCCGGCCUGGCGCCGGGCGACGUGGUGGUGACGUCGGGGCAGUUCCUCCUCGACUCGGAAUCCAAGCUGCAGGAGGCCGUGCAGAAAAUGAUGGAAAUCAGCAUGGCUUCAGCGGGACCCGGUCAGAACGCAGACGAGGAUGACUUCUUCAGCGACAUGGACGACGACGCGGAAGAAGCCUUUUUCGCCGACAUGGAAGAAGCCGAACCCAAGAAGACCACCUCCCCAUGA